GAGAGGAAGCAGAGAAAGUUGGUAGAGGAGCGAGAGGAGAGGAGAAGGGUCGGCCAGAUGGGAGGAAGGAAGUAAAGGAUCUCUCCGCGGGCUCAAGUGCGCGAUUAAAGUAUUCUGCAUAAAUAAACAAGUAUAUGCAUCAAAGCCUAUAAUAAAAAAGCAGAUCUGAGGCGCGCCACCGCGUUGCGUGGACACGGACAAGACAGCGGCGGAAAGCGCUGUAACAGCCAAGUUCUUGUCUUUCUCGGGCUUUUACUCCUCAUGUUCUUCAAACUCUCGGUGCUCACUAACUUUUAAGAUCAGUCUCAGAAAAGCUUCACCUCCUCUCCUCCGUUCAAUUAACUUUCUCUCCGGAAAAGAAAAAAGAAGCUCCGGGGUGGAAGUGGAGGAAGGAAGAGCGUUUUUUUUGUUCCUUCCGAGGAGUCCAGCUCGCCGUAGCCGGGGUUUAGGCGUUGGCACCCGGGCAGGGAGUCCCUCGCCAUGGCCGGGGCCAAGCCGGGAGUCCACGCGCUGCAGCUCAAACCCGUGUCCGUCCACGAAGCGUUGAAGAAGGGGGGCAAAUUCAUCAAAUGGGACGAGGAGCCCAACAGCGGGCCCCCCACCCUGGUAACCCUGAAAGUUGACCCAGAUGGAUUCUAUCUCUACUGGACUGGAGGGUCCAACCCGGAGGUGGAGCUCCUGGACAUGAGCACCAUCAGGGACACCAGAACAGGAAAGUACGCCAAACAACCAAAGGACGGGAAGCUGCGGGACGUGCUGGGCAUUGGUAAGGCUGACCACGUUGAAGGGAAGCUAAUAACCAUCGUCUAUGGCAAUGACCUCGUCAACAUCUCCUUCCUCAACUUCCAGGCUAUGCAGGAAGAUGCAGCCAAGAUUUGGACGGAUGAGCUGUUCGCUUUGGCCACAAACAGACUUUCCCAGAAUGCAUCGCGGAACACUUUCCUCCUCAAAGCGUACACUAGGUUAAAGUUGCAGGUUAAUCAAGAUGGGAAGAUUCCUGUAAAGAAUAUUCUCAAGAUGUUUUCAGAUAAAAAGAGGGUGGAGAUGGCUCUGGAGAAAUGUGGCCUCCUCAAUAACAGGUCUGAGGGACUCAAGCCAGAUGAUUUCACGUGGGAGGCCUUCCAAAAGUUUCUUGACAGCCUCUGUCUGCGGCCUGAGAUACAAAGCAUCUUUGAGGAAAGUGGUUCCAAGAGGAAGCCAUUCAUCUCUUUGGACCAGUUGAUGGAGUUCAUCAACCGCAGGCAGCGAGACUCCAGGCUGAACGAGGUGCUUUACCCCCCGCUGAAAAGGGAGCAGGUCCGACAGAUCAUGGAGAAAUAUGAGACCAACACCAGCCAACUGGAGAGAGACCAGAUCAGUUUGCAGGCUUUCAGUCGGUAUCUGGGAGGAGAGGAAAACAGCCUCAUACCUCCAGAGAGGCUGGAUAUCAUUGACGAUAUGAACCAACCGCUGUCUCACUACUUUAUCAACUCCUCACACAACACAUACCUCACAGUGGGUCAGCUGACCGGUCUGUCGUCAGUGGAGAUGUACAGGCAGGUGCUGCUGACUGGCUGUCGCUGUGUAGAGCUGGACUGCUGGAAGGGCCGGCCGCAAGACGAGGAGCCUUACAUCACCCACGGCUUCACUAUGACCACUGAGAUCCCCUUUAAGGAGGUGAUCGAGGCGAUAGCAGAGAGUGCUUUCAAGGCCUCGCCAUACCCCCUCAUCCUGUCAUUUGAAAACCACGUAGAUUCGGCCAAGCAGCAGGCCAAAAUGGCAGAGUACUGCAGGACCAUCUUUGGAGAUGCCCUGCUCAUUGAUCCACUGGAGAAAUAUCCGCUGGAGCCGGGUCAGCCGCUGCCCUCACCGCAGGAGCUGCUGGGGAAGAUUCUGAUUAAAAACAAGAAGAAGCACCAACACCACCGACCCUCCAGCGGUGGCAGCAUACAACGCAGAGAGCUGGGGGAGCAGUCGUCACCCAACAACGACAGUCCUUUGGGUGAAAGUGAGGGAAGUCAGCUCCUGUCCAACGGGGAGGAGAAGGUGGCGGAGGGGAUGGUCAAAGACUUGGAGCCUCGCAAGUCCUUAGGAGGUGAAGGAGAGAGUGAGGAAGAGGAGGAGGACGAGCCGGUGACGGAGCUGAAAAAGCCGAACUCUGAUGAGGGUACAGCCAGCAGUGAGGUGAACGCCACAGAGGAGAUGUCGACUCUCGUUAACUACAUCGAACCUGUCAAAUUCAAGAGUUUUGAGGUGGCAAACAAGAGGAGGAAGUUCUUUGAGAUGUCGUCAUUCGUGGAAACGAAAGGCAUGGACACCCUGAAGAGCUCCCCCAUCGAGUUUGUUGAGUACAAUAAGAAUCAGCUGAGCCGAAUCUACCCUAAAGGAACAAGGGUGGACAGCUCCAAUUACAUGCCUCACCUUUUCUGGAAUGUCGGCUGCCAGAUGGUGGCGCUAAACUUCCAGACCCUCGACCUCCCUAUGCAGCUGAACAUGGGUGUGUUUGAGUACAACGGCAGUUGCGGCUACCUGCUGAAACCUGAGUUCAUGAGAAGGACGGACAAACACUUUGACCCUUUUACAGAAAACAUAGUGGAUGGGAUAGUCGCCAAUACUGUCAAAAUUAGGGUGAUCUCAGGCCAGUUCCUGACUGACAAAAAGGUGGGCGUGUACGUUGAAGUGGACAUAUUUGGACUUCCUGCUGAUACAAAGAGGAAGUAUAGAACCAAAACAUCUAAUGGGAACUCGCUGGACCCCGUGUGGGAUGAUGAAAUGUUUGUGUUUAAUAAGUUGGUCCUCCCUACAUUGGCCUCUCUGAGGAUAGCGGUGUUUGAAGAGAACGGCAAGUUUAUUGGACACCGGAUCCUCCCUGUGUCGGCCAUUAGACCUGGCUACCACUACAUAAACCUAAAGAAUGAGUUAAACCAGCCCCUCCUCCUGCCCUCUCUGCUGGUUUACACUGAAGCUCAGGACUACAUCCCUAAUGAACACCAGGAGUAUGCAGAGGCUCUGACUAACCCCAUUAAGCACAUCAGUCAGUUGCACAAGAGAGAGACACAGUUGGCUGUGCUCAUAGAGGACAACAGUGAGCAUGUCCCCAACCAGCCCAAAGAGAGAGAGACCAAAGAGAGUGAAGUUGUUCCGGGACUCCCUUCCCCCUUCCAUGCCCUCCCCCCCUGCUCAAUGGAUGAAGCACCUGAAGUCAUCAAAUUACCUGCACCUGCACAAAGUCUGAAGGAAGACCUCAUAGCCACUGUUCUGACAGACAUCCAGGCCCAGUCUAUAGAGGAGUUGAAGCAGCAGAAGAGCUAUGUGAAGCUGCUAAAGAAACAGAAAAAAGAAAUCAAAGAGAUGCGCAAGAAACACCUUAAGAAGGUGUGGAAUCUGAGUAAGGAGCAGAAGAGUCGGACCAGCCGGAUUCAAUCUGACACCCAGAGGAGACGUAGUCAGAUGGAGAAACACCUCAAACGUAGCAUCAAGAAAAAUGAGUCCCAGGAGCCGGUGCAGAGUGAGCUGACGGCAUUGGAUCAGGAGAUUGAGCAGCAGACGGUCCAGCUGAGGGAAUGGCAGAUGAAAGAACUCCUGGAGGUCCGACAGAAACUUCAUUUACUGGAGAGAGAGAAGCAAAAAACACACUUACAAGAGAACUUACAGAAGUUAAAGGAGACGGCCCAGGAAUGCCAAGCAGCUCAGCUGAAGAAACUCAAGGACAUGUGCGAGAAGGAAAAGAAAGAGCUCCAAAAGAUCCUGGACAGGAAGCGACAAAACAGCAUCAGCGAAGCCAAGAGCCGUGACAAAGAGAAGGCUGAAAUGGAACUGAAUGAGAUCAACAGGAAACAUAUUCAAGAUUCGGUCACUUUAAUCCGCAGGCUGGAGGACGCUCAGACCAGGAGAAAAGAAAAGCUGAUGCUGAAGCAUCAGGAGGUGCUGCAACACAUAGACAAGGAACUUCCUCUGCUCAUGUCUCAGUUGGAGAGGGAACUGGAGGGGGAGUAUCAGCGACUGCCAGAGGAAAUCUGCCAGCACCUUCAGCUGGAGCUCCAGAACAAAGGUCUCGGAAAGGACGCCCUGUUCUCGCCCUUGUCCAAUAACAGCAGUCCCUCUGGCUCGGGCCCGCCCUCCAACUGCUCCACGCCCUCUCACCCGUCAUCACCCAAUCGGUGCACCUGGAACAGGAGCAAAGACAAUAGCAUUGCCUCAUUGGCUGAUUCCACUUCCUCGUCCACCACUCCCGUCCUGUCAGAGGCGGAGAUGUCAUUCAGUUAAAAUUAUUACUUGUAAAAAAAGGAAAAUACAUACUUUCAACUAGGGUCUAUAAUGAUUAUAAUGUGGGAUAGUAAUGAUAUUAAUUAACUAAUUUUGUUUCUUUUUUUUUAUUACAGACUGUUUUGUCCUUGUCUAUAGAGCUAUAUUAUUUUUAUUUUUGCUGUUUUUGUCAGAUGACACAUCAUACCUAUUAUUGGAAGAAUCGUACUCAAACUUUUUAUUUUUUACAUUUGACUUACUUGACUGUAUGUCUUGCUUUUAAUGUCAUCUCCUUUCAUACCUUUUUCUUUGCAUCAUUUCCCUUGUUGUCUGGUCAGUAAGCUUUUACAACACCGUUAGCUUUAUGUUCACACUGUUUUUGCGAAAACGUUUCUGUUUAUAACAGCUUUAACCUCUUUUGUGACACCUUUUUUAAAGCUUUGAACUGUGUCGAGAGAGGAGCAGGGUUAAAAAACGAAUGUCUUUGUUCAGGAAAACUUUCUAACACGCAUACAUUUGACCAUUUUUUAGAGACCAGAGAAAAGGUUUAAAUGUUUUAGAUGUAAUGGCAGUAGCUGACCAGCAAACGGUGCUACAGCCUUAACUGUUUAUUGUAAAUUGGUGGUUUGAGCUUUCCAUUCAUCCAGCUGGAUUAUCCUGUUGUACUGUACCCCAACACACACUCACUCAUAUACCUGUCUCAGCAGGAUUUGCUGUGACAUUGGUCAGGAUAAAGUCUCUCGCCUUUAACCACCAGUCAAAAUCAAGCCACAGUUACAUGGGGGGAGUCAGCAGGCAGUCUGUGAGUGCGUGUUUAACACACACGCUUGACAAUGUAUUUUAUACUGAAGCGUCUAUGACUGUUCUGUCCACACACAGUGGUACGCAUACACAAACACACACACAUACACAGUUUAUUGGUUCAGGGGCAUAAAGUCUCUAAAAUCCUCUUCCCAUCCAAUCUACCCGUUUUUGAAAAACCGAACACAAGUGCACACUCAAUGAUAAUUUUACAAAUAUCGCAGAUUACUAAGCUCUGCGCGCGCGCGUGUGUGUGUGUGUGUCCUGAAGUUAAUCUUUUGAUGGAGACAUCUGCUUUUUGGGAGAAUAAUACAUCCUACUAAAUGGAAAGCGUCUGCUCAGUGGGUGUGUGUGUCCAUUUGCAUUGGUGCAGUUAGUUUGACACUUUUGCAGCCUGGAUAAUGACAUACAGCAUGCUUUAAUAGCAAUGCCACUGUAGGUCUUCAGAUGAUGGUUUAAAGCUGCACUAUGACAUUUUAAUGAAAAAAUGCAGUCAUAUUUUUUUAUUUAAAAUCACCAAAUUAGGCAAACACAUUAGGGCAAUUCACUUCCUUCUAAUUGAAACACUGUGGAUUUUCUCAAUUUGACAAAUCAUUAUUAGUGUUAGAUACGUGGUAAGAAACCCUGUCACAGCUCAGAAAGUGACCACUUGGUCAAAAACAUUUACUAUAGGUCUGCAGAAGUCAGUUUUCUGCUACUUUAAUUCACUGAAGCCUCAAAAUUCAAAGAGUUACCUCUUAUUGCCAUUAGGGGCCAUCAUGUGUCGCUAUGAAAAACAGCAGUUUAGUUCACUUGUUUCCAGAAUUGUCAGUGGACAUAGGAACAGUGUGUGCAUUGUAUUUUAGGAUGAAUGUGCCCUCAGUUUGUUUCAUACUCUAUUCAAGCCAAGUACUGAAUGUGUGGUUGUGGUGCACAAACUAAACGGUACUUUAUGUAAAAAUCUUCCUCGCUCUAUAUUUUCAUCCAUUACAGGAGACUUUUUCUUUUAACAGCGAAAUGUUCUUGUCCACUUUGAGGGGUAAAAUAAUGGCACUCUGUGUAUAUGUAUUCUGUGUAUGUGUUUAGUUUUACGUGAAUUUUACUACUGACCACAAGUGCUGAAGAGGGACGGAGGCCAGGAGAGAAUGAUUAGGGAAGAAACGAGUGAAAUAAAUUUUUCCCUUUUCUUCAAGAAAAUAUUGUUUUUAGGUGAGGUCCUCUCUUACCUCCCUCCUUCAAUGAGCACUGCCUGCCUGUCUGUCUGAUUAUUCCCCCUCACACACAGUCUUUGUAAACGAUCGUCUAUUUAAAUGGAAUUUUAACUGGGUUAUUUACAUUUUUAUUGAUGGAAGAAACUUUCUGUAUACAUUCAUUCAAUUAACAAUUUGCAAAAAGUGUUUUUUCAUAUAUCCAGCCCCCAUUACAAAAUUAGUAUGUGCGUCUUCAAGUUAAAGAUAGCAACUUUAAGCCGAUAAUAGUUAUGAAAUGCUUGGUUUAACUUAAAGGUCAUCAAGCAACAUCAACAUCUCUGAUCAUUUACCAGUCAGGGAUUGCCAGCCUGUUCACCUCUGGUUGUCCUGUACUCAGUGUGCCACACUGCGUGCAGUAUGUAAAUGUUUUUGCUCAGCUAUCUCAUCUUGGACACUAAUGUAUACAGUGUGAGAAUUUACUUUAUUCUGUGGAGACAGUGAGAGGUGAAACUGCCACCAGUCUACUCAAAUUAAAAGGUUUAUUUCCCCCCAAAAAGUCGAUACAUUCCUCGCAGGCUGUCAGCUUUUAGGGUCAAGGUAGUCCAAGCCAUUCCAAGUCCAGUGAGCAAGUAUUCAAAGUAAGAUUUGGACUUCAUUACCAGGUACUCAGGGGUGUUUUCGUGUUUUUAUGUUUGAGGUGAAACAUCCCAUUUUAGUACAACCCCUUUCAGAGACUCUUGUUAUGUAUCAAAGCACUUUUAUCAUUCUUGUUUUUGUUGUUUGUAAAAAUGUGUUGAUCCUGUGACAUGACCAUCAAUACAACCACUGUUCAGUGAUUUUUA